AUGACGAGUUCACUGCCCCCGCUGACGCCGUUUCCCGAGGCCUCGUGGCAGCACCGUCUGAGCUCCGACGACUGGGACGCUCUCAUUGAGGCAUGGACCGUCCUCUCUCAUGCCUAUCUGAGCCUUUCAGACGAACAGUUCCAAAAGGCGGCGGUCAAUGAUGAAUCCGUGGCCGCCUUUUUGUCUACAUUCGUCUCCGAGACGGCAGCCUCCUCGUCAGCGUCAGCACCAGCAUCGAUCCCGACGCCGCUGCUGAAAGCGGCUUUCCAGCUUGCUUCACGCCUUCUCACGCUCUCACCGCCGGUCCAGCUGCUAGACUACCAGUUUCUUUCCUCCCUGGCCAGAACCUACCCCAAGAAACGAACAGCGCCCCUCAUUGCACAGCUGUUCGAGACACACGGCCCCGUCGUCGAGUCCUCCCUCGCGUCCCUCAAGAAGCGCCUCAUCCCGCACCUCGAAGCGGGCGUCAAGGGCGACCUCAAGCUUGUCGAGUCACAGCUCUGCAUCGUCAAUCCCCUCCUGCACGCAUCCCCACGCGCGUGCGCCUUCUUCCUGGCCGGAUCCGACUUCUUCGAUGGACUCGUCGCUUGCUUCCGGGUCAUGAAUCCGCCUCUUCGCAAAGCCAUUGUCGCAACAAUAUAUCUGUGCUUGGUCGGCUUGACUGAGGCCGAGCCCCCCAAAUGGGCCAUGUUAAGCGACCAGCUCUUUGGGCUCAAGAGCGCGGCGGAAGCGCACAGGCAGGGGCCCCUAAACGCCAAUGAUUCGCUCGUCGCCGAGCUCGUCACGGCAACACCGCUGCUCAACACCUUGCUGCGGCGAGCCGAGACGUCGGACGCUGCGACUGAAUCCUUCAGGAAGAGAGUUACAGCUCUCGAACCGUUCAAAAAGGGGCCCAUGGUCCGCCCAAAGCGUCUGGUCAAGCGAAAGGUGGACAAAGGCAAAGGCCGAGAGACCCUAGGGGAUAUCCAGGCGGACAUGCACGUCCAUCGGAUGAGCCAAAUCACCCAAGUCCAAGACCUUUUCCCCGACUUGGGAUCCGGCUUCGUGUCGAAGUGCUUGGAUGAGUACGCCGAGGACGUAGAGCUAGUCGUCGCGAAUAUCCUCAGCGAGACCUUGCCGCCUCAUCUUGCCGAUGCCGAUCGAAGCGAAUCAUUAUCAUCUCAGCAACAGUCGCCUCCUCACCCAGUUCUGGCACCUCGCUCAACGCCUCCUCAGGCCGCCUCCAGGCGCAACGUCUUUGACGACGAUGAAUUUGAUCGCCUGCACACCGAACAUUCCAAGAUAUCCUUUGGAAAGAAACCAGCAAAGUCCGCCGACGACAUUUUGCGGGACAAAUCCACCGCGCCAAACAAAGCAGCCAUCCUUUCCGCACUUGCAGCUUUCGACUCAGACGACGAUGAACGUGACGAUACCUAUGACGCGGCCGAUGUUGGCGGCACGGUGGACUCGAACAACCAGGAAGCAGACGGCGUCAACGACGGCAAUGAGGAGCUCCUUUUCCGAGCGUACCAGAUGGACGAGAAGGCCUUUGCAAGAGACGCUGCGACGAGGAGAGGAAACCCAAGGGUCAAGCUGAGAGAAGAGACGGGGAUGAGUGACGAAGCCAUCGAGGGUUGGGCAGUCAUGCUGAAGAGGAACCCGCAACAGAUGAAGAGGCUGGAGGCAAAGUACGCCUUUAGCGGACAACAGCCACAGCUUGAGCGGACCACCUGGAGAGCCAGCCCGGCUGGCUCGGGAGCCGAGGAGAGUGAACCCGAUGCAAGCCGUGGCAGGGGAGGGAACGUGGCGGGGCCGACCGGCAACCAGGACACGGAAGCGGCACGGAAGAACAAGGAGGCUCAUAAAGGUUCACGAGCAAACCACAACCGGAGGGAUGCUCGCGCAAAGAAGAUGGCUCGCGGAGGUUUCGGCGCCUGA